UUUAAUUACUUUCACAUAAAAACGUACAUUUCUGAUAUUAAUUUAACAAUCACAGGUUCUACUGCGAAGAAAUCUUCCUCUCUUGAGAAACUAGUGAUACAGAACAUAGAAAAUGUGAACGAUUUAAAGGAAAAACUCAACGAAAUUAUUGCGGCCGGAAAAGACUACGAAUAUGAUGUUUCUUCGUGUCUUAAAGACUUAAUAAAAAGCAGCGACCAGUCGAUUGUGUUCCUGGCGGCACGGGCGAUAUCCGAACUAGCGAAAUGUGAGAAGAAAAGAGAAACAUAUGCUGAAAACGAAGUUGUGGACACAAUUUUAUCAAUAUUAAAAAAGGACAUUACUUCAGAAAAUGUAGACGUAUUAAUACAGGCUUGCAGAGCUCUGGGUAAUUUGUGCUGUGACUGUGACACAACUAGGACACUGAUACUCAACAAAAAUGCAGUUGAAACACUCCACAAAGUACUGAACACAUGCAUGAAUGACACAACGACACCAAUUCAUGAAUUAAAAGUGCUUGUAUUGAAGACAAUGCUGAAUUAUGCUAUUGGUGGACAAGAAUUCAUAGAAUCAUUAAUGAAACAAGGUAUAUUAGAAGAUCUAAAGAAGAUCUUGGUUCAGUCAUUUGAAAGACUUAAAGUAGAUUAUCAUGCGGUGUUAACAGCUUUGUCGAUACUGAGCGUGAUUAAUAAUAAUGAUCUAGAAUUUGUGUUUGACACAGACAUAAAUAUAGCUGUACUGAAUAUAUUGAAAAUAACAAGAAAUUUUGAGGUGUCGGAGUUGUGUCUGGAGCACUUGCACACUCAAGCUGAACACGAUACAGUCAAGACUCUGAUUGCCAAAGAGGGCGGUGUUAAUCUAGUAUGUGUUCGUAUAGAAGAACUGUUGCAGAGACAUGAGGCGGGCGAAUUGACUGCUGAAGAUACUGAAGUUGAGACUUUAAUGAAGCAAGCUUGCGAUUUUAUUAUAAUCGUUUUGACGGGAGAUGAAGCCAUGAACAUUCUGUACAACAAUGGGGUCGGUGAAGUUUACAUGAAUAUGGUUAGGUGGAUGGAUUCAAUGAACUACCAGCUGUUAGCCACAUCGCUACUGGCUAUUGGCAACUUUGCGAGGCGAGAUGACUACUGUACUCAGAUGAUGGACAACAAGAUAUAUGAUAAACUCCUGGAUGUCUUCGAAUUGUACUAUAACUUCAGUGUACGUAUGCAAAACUAUCCUGAUGAGAUCCACCCGAUAGACAAAAGUACAGUGAUCAAGAUACAACAUGCUUCCUUAUCUGCAAUCAGAAACUUGACAGUUUCACCUGCUAACAAACGAAUCGCUGCAGCUCAGGGUAGAGCCGCACCGCUACUAAUUAGUGCGUUGCCCAACGUCACAGACUACCAAGUGGCCUACAAGCUACUGGCUGCAUUACGUAUGUUAGUUGAUGGACAAGAGGGUGUGGCGCGGCGCGUGGCUGGGUCGCGUAGCGCGUUACAGGCGACGGCGCGCUGGGGACGAGCCGAGCACGCCGGCGCGGCGGGGGAGGCGCCGCGCCUGCUCGCCUGGACCGUGCGCCUGCUGCCCGCCGACCCCGCGCUCGACUGCAUCGUGCAGGCAGAAGGAUGCAUCUCAAAUUUGGUAAACAUGCUGCUGGCAUCUCACUCUCUCAUGCAGAACGAAGCGAUUCUCUCUCUCACUCUGAUAUCUAUUCACAUACUCAAAAACACACCGGAAAACAUGGAAAUGGAAAAGAAAUACGUCACCCAACUGAUAAAUUCUGAAAUAGGCAAGCACGUCACGGUACUAAUUGAAACUAAUUGCGCUAAAAUGCCGCUAGAGGUCGCCGAAAACCUGAUAGCUUUCCUGGAUAUAACUUCAAAGAAUAAUACCAUAGUGUCUGAUUAUAAAGAGUCUAAAGUACACGAAUCGUUGAGGAAAUUUGUCGAAUCAAGAAAGAAUUUCAGCGCUGAACUAAAAUUGUGCAUUGAAAAUGUUAUUUCCAUUAUAUCAGCGGAGUAAUUGAGAUUUUCAUCAUUUCUACGUUACUCUUUCUAUAUUAUUGUGAAAUAGGCUUAACUAUAAAAGCUUAUUCCUCAAAAUUAUAGUCACAAAUUAUAGAUAAUGUAGUCUUUGAUGACAUUUGUCUUGAGAUAUUUAAAUAUUUUCUGUACCUCAUUAUUUUUAAAUAUAAACCUUGAAUAUAAUAAUAGAAAAGUAUAACUAAAACUACUACUGUGUGAAAUUUUGUUCAAAAUAGACAUAAAAAGACAUAUUUUUGCAUUUGUCUGCAUUUUCAUCUCCAAAGCGAAUUUAUCUGUAUUCCUCUUUAAUUGUAUAUAAUUUUUAAGUUUAAAGUGCCAUAAUAAAAAAUGAUUUAAGUUAAAUUUUAAUUUAGAUAUAACAUUUUCUAGUCAUAUUUAUAGAUAAAAAUUAUUUUAUGAUUUUGUUUUUUGUAGUUCUACAUUUUACUUGUUUGUAUGAAAUGAUUUUGAUACUUGCAUUUUUUGAAGUAUUAUCUUUUUUAAUAAAAUUCCAAUGUACUUUUCAUUUAGGUGUAUCAAAUUAUUUGUUUAAUUUUAAGUAUAAUGUCACAUAAUUGAAACAAUUACUAUUAAUAUAAGAACAUUUUUGUCGUUUACAAUCUAUUGUUGAUCUUGAAACUUGAAAUUUCAUAGAUUGUAACGAUGAUAAACUUUCGAAAUAAGUGUUCUAAUUUUAGAAUAAAAAUAUUAUAAAAUUAUCAA